AUGAAUAUUACUCGCCUUUCGCGUGCUAUAAUCCACUUCAACCAUCAAGUUCGCUACUUUGUCCGAGACCCAUUUCCUAACAAGCUCACACAUUACCUACGCCGUGCCGAAUUAAUUGAUUCGAUCAGACUUGGUCUUCGUUCAAAAAAUCCUACUUCGCUCGAAAACAUCAUCAAUACUCGUCUUAUGGACACUUUUGUGGUCACUCAGGCUAUACGUUCUGCUCCAAAUGCAGAUGCUGCGCUUUCUUUUGUGGAUGCACUCAAAAGGAUAGAUAAUGUUUCGCAUCUUUCGCAGCAACAAGGUACCCUCCAUGCGCUGGCCACGGUGCUAGCCAAGUGGCAGAGGGGUUUAGAAUUGAAAGCAUUGAUUGGUGAAAUUAAUGAAGGGAAAUAUGGUAAUGUUCACAUUAGUUUUAUGAACCUUAUGCAAUGGUAUGCUGACCUUGGAGAUUUACAGGCAGUUUUAGAUGUUUGGAAGCAGUAUAGGUACGGCGAUAAGCGUCUGUGUACUCAGUCUUAUAAUAUUGUUAUGAGUUUGUAUGCGCAGAAGGGGAAGGAUUGUGAGGCUGUGGAGGUUUUUCAUAGGAUGAUUAAUGAAGGAGCAAUUCCGAAUUCUAGAACAUAUACGGUUAUGAUUGAGCAUCUUGUUAAUUCGGGGAAAUUGGAUCCUGCAAUUGAGAUUUUUAGUCUAUUGCCAUUGGUGAGGAUUAAACGGAAUUCAAAGCAGUAUUUGCUUUUGGUGGAAGGGCUUGUGGGCGUGGAACGGUUUGAUGAAGUGAAAACUCUGCUUGAUGAAAUGCGGGUUGAUGGGAAGUUUCCUGGUCGUGCCAUGCAUAAGGCUCUGCAGUGUUUGCAGGAGGCAGGGUUUGUCGAGGAGACAGAAGAGUUUCUCAAGGAAAUGUUUCCGGAUGAGAGAAUCAAGAGUAUAAGCUCUUACAGGAAUAUAAGUCAUGAUGAGGAGACUGAUGUGGAUGAAAACCAUGGUGAUGCUGAUGCAGACAUGGAAGUAGUUCGGUUGAAACCAUGGUUAGACCCCAAAGCUUUGGCCAAGGCCUUGAAUAAAUGGAGCCCUGAUGUGGCGUCCCUGUUGGAAGAUGCAAAAUUUGUCUGGACCACUCGAUUGGUUUGCAAAGUUCUUAGGAACUUUAAUUCACCAGAAACAGCUUGGGAUUUCUUCUGUUGGGUUGCUUAUCAGCCAGGAUUCACUCAUGAUGUGUAUACAGUACAAAGGAUGAUGACACUUUUGGCAAAACAUGGAAAGGUAGAAUUAGUUGAUCAACUCCUUACCAAGAUAAGAACUGAGGGAAUGAGGUUGCCUUUUAGCACCAUCAGAUUGAUUAUUGACUUCUGUGGUAUUUCAAAGAAUGCCGAUGCUGCUCUAAAGGUCUUCCGGGAGGACAGAGCACUCUGUGGUACCAUAAAAAAACGCAAUUUGAUGCUAUUGUAUUCAUCUCUCUUACGAACAUUGACCAAGUGCAAGAGAGAUUCUGAUGCCAUUGAUGUGCUUGAAGAGAUGAUUUUGUGUGGGAUAUGCCCAGAUAUUCAGACAUUUUCUGGCUUGAUGUAUCACUUUGCAUCACAAGGAGAUAUUAAAAUCGUUCAGAAACUAUUAACAAUGGUUAGGCAGAACCACGUGGAACCAGAUGCUUACAUGUACAAAGUAUUGAUCCAAGCUUAUUGCAAAUGUGAGAGAGCUGCUCUUGCGUGGAGGAUUUUUGAAGACAUGAAGAACUCAAAUUGGACACCUGAUGCUGCAACAAAAGAUUUGCUUGUGAAGAGCCUUUGGAAGGAAGGCAAGCGGAAAGAGGCUGCUGUUGUAGAAGAAAGCUGUCAUGGAAUAAAUUCUGCCCUUCCACUUAAACAGCAUGGUCAUAAAUGGACGCUGAGCUCUGAAGAUCUCGCAAGAGUUUAUAAUAUUUAUUCCAACUGUUUUAAGUUGAGCACUAGCUAG